UUGAUCAAUUACUCUUUCUCUCUCUACCUCCUUUUUUACAAAGUCUCCGGCGACAAUGGGACAAGACGACGACAAUAUGCCGCCGCCGCAUUUUAGUAAAGACGAAUUGAACGGCGUUAACAGCAAGAUCAUGAUAUCCGCCAUCGCUUCUUUAUCCUUCGUCAUAAUCCUAGUCAUAGUUCUUCACAUCUACGCCCGUUGCUUAAUCCGCCGUCAAGAACGGCGAACAAUCGCCCUUCGACAGCUACGUAUGACGUCAAUCUCAGUCGACCACCUCAUCAUUCCGGACAGGCCCGGUCUAGAUCCCGCCGUCAUCGCUUCUCUUCCAAUUUUCCCCUUCAAAAAGGAAACAACAACAGAUGAUGAUGAAUCACAGAUUGAAUGUUCUGUUUGCCUUAGUUUAUUAGAACAGAAUGAAAUGGUUAGGAAAUUGCCGAAUUGUAAUCAUACUUUUCAUUCACAGUGUAUUGACAUGUGGCUUGGAUCUCAUUCCACGUGUCCGGUUUGUCGGACGGAAGCAGAGCCGAAACCAGGUGUUCAAUUGUUGCCGCCGGAGUCAAGUCAUCAGCUUCCGACCGCGCCGCCGUUAGAUGGAACCGAUGGAACUUCCGGUCCGACGGUUAAAGUUGGUGGGUCGAGUUCAAGGCUGAGCUCUUUCCGGCGAAUACUUAGCCGGGAAAGAUCUUCCCGGCGAGUUCAAUCUUGUGUUCAAGACGAUGUCGUAUUGGAUCUUGAGAGACAACAGCAGCAGCAGCAAUAGUUGUAAUAGUCAAAGGUCAACUUUAAAUUUAUAUAAUUAUUUUGCACUUAAUUUAUAAGAAUAAAUUUUGUUUUUAAGUUAUGUAUACCAAAAUACUUUAGUUUUUAUUUAUGAUUUUUUUUUUCAUGGUAUAAAAUUAGGUUAAAAAGUUUGAGUGUUUAAAAAAUUAAAAGAAAACAAAAGAAGAAUUAGUUUGAGAAACUAGGGUAAUUGGAUUUUGAUGUA